UAGAAUGUCUAACACUGCCGGCCCCUGCCGUUACUGUCACAUUGAUAAAAUUAUUAUGGGCUCCUUUAAACUGGAUAGGAAAUAUAAGAUCUACAGUAUUUGGUUUGUUUUGCCCUCUGGAAACUGAUAAGUUGCACGUUUAGACGUCGGGUCACGAACGGUUUUGAUUGUCUGGAGAAUCACCAAGGAUUGAGCCGUUUCUUUCAGGAUUUGCGCUGUACGAGGAAGGAGCGCCGAAACGAGACGGGUUACUCCUUUUCAAAGUGUGAACGGGGAGAAAGAGAAGAUUCAUUAGAAAAAUUUGUUGGCGGGAAAUUUCCAUAAAUUUCCACGGCGUGUGCCUACAGUGAAUAGCUGUCCACAGGACCGCAUUGCCAGCCGCCUUGAAUGCUGACUGCAUGGUGCCGCCUCUCAGCUGUUUCAGAAAUAAAUAAUGAUUAAAUUACCACCCAGGCAUGUUUGACCAUGACAUGACAUGUCUGCUGACCCGUUUCUGCAAGAACUCGUGGAUCUUCGUAAUUUAGAGAUUUCGAGAUACUUUAUCCAUAUAAUAAAAUAUCUUGCUAUAUUUGCCUUUGGACUGCGUUUGUUUGGAAUUUGGAUUUUUGCCAAGUUUUUGGGAAAAACAACAUUCAUGAGGACAUUAAUGGACGAAAUGGCAGCCGAUUUAUCUGGUCCAAGGACGGCGCUCCUGUCCGAUGGCAGCAACUGCACACCAGUCCGCCGAACGAUGACGCACAGCGUGCGCUACAUCCUUCUCUUGCUGGCAAUGCUAGUGCUGGUCCGUGGAGCGGUAGCGGUCCGUGGAGUGGACGGGUGUCCUUUCGGCGGUCCGAACCCGGUACUGCGUUGGCGAGCAGUCGAGGCGGCGGAGACGGCCGAAGACUACCAAACUGACCGCGUCAUCAAUCUGUCGGCCCUGGAGGAUGCCGAGCCGACGCUUCCGCCGGUGCCGGAUACCGUCAGUGUCCCGUUGGGAGGCUGGGAGACGUUUUUCUGCGAGGCGGCCUCGCCUGCAGCGGCACAGCAGAUUGUCUGGCGCCACCAAAACGCCACCAUCCACGGCAAGGUCCUGCCGCAUUCCCCCAUAGGUCACCACUACGGGCAAGCCGCCGCCUUCAACAACAGCCUCCUCAUGAUCCACAACGUCCAGCGCGAAUCGGGCGGCCCGGUGGAGUGUUUCCGCCCCUGUCAUGGCGGCGGUGACCUUUGCCUCCUGCGCACCUACCACCUGCAGCCCGAGCUGCCCAAGCUGCGCGCCGAGGACGUCUUCAUCCCGCCGAUGCGCAGCGUGUCCGCGCUGAACGGAAGUUUCUCCAUGACGUGCAGCGGCCGCAUCGACUGCAGCCGGACGGCGCCGGUGUCGCUCUUCAUCUGGAAGUUCGACGGACAUUUCGUGGCGGCGCCCUUUCCUUUGUUGCUCGACUGGGACAUUUCCGGUCUUCUCAACGGCUCCGUGACCUUCAACGUGUCGGCACAAGGAGCGGCUGAUCCCCUCUGCGCCAGCACGCUGACCAUCAUCUUGAAGGAGGAGUCCGCACCCCGGAAGGCAAGGAUCGACUGCUGGCUGCGCACUGAAGUCCGCCAGCGCGAGUGGUUUAUGCAAAAAGCAUACGUUGAUUUCGCGCAGCCGCUGCAGUAGCCGUUGACAGCCGGGUCAAUAUUAAGCCACCGCAGCAUAGUGUACAAUUUAUGCGUGUAUAUAAUAUGCUGAAAGCGUGUGCCAGUGUUAAUUCCUCUUGCAUAGCUGAUGUAAAUAGCACAUGAAAAUUGUGGUCUCCCCAGGGACUGCGUUAUUGCUGUAUUUUGUUUUUACCGCCAGCAGCUGGCGCCUUACAGAAUGCUUGUUGAUUCCAUGCUUCCUUUGUAUAACCGUUACACCAUACCGCUUUAGUUGCUCGUAUAAACA